AUGGCCAGAGCGAUCUCCGACGACCACGAUCCGGAGCUCAUGGCGGACCCCGCGUUCGACGUCGACGAGGUCGGGGCUCACCCGCCUCUUCCCGAUCCGACGAUCCGAUAUCGGUUCCUCCGCGCCUGCAAUCCGUCCAGCCGAGCGUCGGUCACGGCACUUCGGCUGUCCAUUGCCUGCAUGGCCGCGGGAACCCUCACCGUCCUGCUCGGCAUCGAUCGCCCGGACUGGGCGGUGAUCGCCGCGGCGAUGGUCCUUCAUCAAGGACCGGAUCGAAUACUGGGCACCUAUCGCGGAAUUCACCGCAUCGGCGGAACCGUCCUCGGGUUGAUUCUGUUGGGUGCCAUCUACGCCUGGAGUCCGACCGGUCUGUGGUUGGUGGCGGUACUUGCUGUCCUGAUGGCCGGGAUCGAGCUGUUCCUGGUGCGGAAUUACGGGAUAGCCGUCAUCUUCAUCACCGCCCUCGCGAUUCUCCUCGGCGCGGCCGGUGGUGCGCACGGGACCGUCCAACAUCUGAUCCUCAGCCGCAUGCUCGGAGACGGCAAUCGGCGUCGUCGUGGCGUUGGUGGUCCUGUGGACGGUGGGGCGCGGUGCGCAUCGACGCACUCUGAUCUGGGUCGACGAACGGGCGGG